GGAGCUCCUAUCCCGUUGGGCAGAGGACAUCAGGGACAUAACCCGUGUGUGACAUAAUGAAAUCGAUUUGGGGGUAACACAAGACCCUAUUUAUGAUGGAGUGAUUCCCUCUAGCUACCCUUUAACCGUGUCAACAAACGACUUUGACCGAUUUGCCUCUACACUUGAAGUGCAAGAUACAAACAACAUAUAGACACCCAUUGUUAUAUCAAUCUUCACAAUGCUAGCCUCAAGAACCGGAGCUUCCAUCCUGCGAUCAGCAGUCCGCCAGCCCAUGGGCAACCAACUGGCUUUGACACGCUCCGUUGGCCAAAGAGGAUACGCAACUUUGGGCAAUGUUCACAAGGCAAGCGACCGUACAUGGCUGCUCACCUCCCUCGGAAUCUCUCUCCCUAUCGGCUUCUACCUAGUGACAAACGGAUCAGCAAAGAAGAAAUCUGUCGGUCACGGAAAGGAACACGAAGGAUACAAGAGCCACGACGAACACAAAGAAGAACAGGCAAGCGGGAACCAAACAGACGACAAGGAGAAGCUGAAAGAGACCAGUUCGGACAAUAAGAACACGGAGUUCAAGACGGAUGAUGAAAGCAGCCCCAAGCAGUCAAAUCAAAGGGACAGGUUGAAGGAUGACGAGUCGGCCGGGGACAUGGGAACCGUCUCGGAAGGUUCAUCUGACGCAGGACCAAGUAAGCCCGCUGCACCAUCGGCAGAGUCGUCGUCGGAGCCAAAAGAUUCUAAAAGCAGCAAGUCCGGCCUACCCGAUUCACUACCCGGUGCCAGCUCGACCGAAAAGGCCAUCGGCAGGGAAUGAAGUGGAGCAUGUUGAGCUAUCUGGGCGUGGACGAGGGGAAGCAUGAUUUGCCCUUGUGCAAGAAGGAAUGAGUGAGUGUGUAUGUUAUAAUUGUCAAAUUUAUUCUGUUAUUCUGGCGACCGCGAUCAAUCAAAAACACAUCACGGUUGUUACUUACUGAGCAUAUCCUGGACAAGCUUCGAUGACGCAAUGCCAUUUGAACCUGAAGGAGAGUUCGGCAUGUCGCGGAGUCGAAGCAGGCACAGCUCGAUGCCGACACCU